CAAUGUCAAAAUCCUAACCUAAUUUGUAUCAUCGGUUCACGAUUCACGUCGCAUUAUCGACAGUGAUUUAAUUAUUUUGUUACCUAGUUUCAGCAGUUAAUUACACAUAAUGGCUAAAGUGAAAAAUAAGAGAAACUCGGGCCUUGCGGACAAAGUCCACAACAAGAAGAAAUCUGAAAUAAACAAGAAAAAGCUGAAUCCUUUCGAAGUCCACAUUAACAGGGAGAAACUUAAAGUUUUGGGUAAAAAAUCGAAGCAUGACAGAGGUUUGCCUGGUGUGUCGAGAGCUAAAGCUAUACAGAAGAGAAAAGAGACGUUAGGUACAGAAAUGAAGCUGAUGCAUAAGACCAAUGCGUUCAUAGACCGUCGUAUUGGUGAGAAGAGCGCCCAGCUGUCUGCUGAAGAGCGUAUGGUGGCUCGAUUUGCAGCAGAACGGGUAAAGCAGCAUAAUAAGAAGAAUAUUUACAAUCUCGCCGAUGAUGAGGUUUUAACUCAUAGAGGACAAACACUAGAGCAAAUAGAAAAGUUUGAUGAUCCAAGAUCUGAUGAUGAGGAGGAUGAAGAUGGCAGGAAGUUUGGUGGUCUGGGUGAUGAAUUCGUAGCAGAUGGUCAUUUCGGUGGAGGAAUGCUAUCCAAAACAGAUGCCAAAGAUGGUGCGAAAUCUCACAAGGACCUCAUAGAGCAAUUGAUAGCGGAAUCUAAGAAGAGAAAAGCAGAGAAACAGAAAGAAAAAGAACAAACUCUAGAUCUGACAGAGAAGUUGGACUCGGAGUGGAAAGAUCUCCAACCUGUUGUGUUUAAGAAGAUGAAGACAGAAGAGUCUGCUAUUGAAAAGCUUUUAAGUCAAGCGGAAAAGAAGAAUAUGGACUAUGAUAAGAUGAUGAGAGAACUUAAGUUUGAGAAGAGAGGCACUCCCUCAGAUGGUCUAAAAAGUGACGAAAAGCAAGCAAAGGAAGAGAGGGCGAGGUUAGAGCAGUUGGAGAAAGAAAGAGAACUGAGGAUGAUGGGAGAAGAAGAGCAGAUUGCGGUUAAAAGCAAACAAACAAAAGUGAAACACAGAUCGGCCGAGGAUUUGGAUGAUAAUUUUGAGUUGGAUGAUGAACAUGAUUUCAUGCUCGCUUACGAUAAGGAUGGAAAACCAUUGGUGCCUGAGAAAGUGUUGAAAGAUUUUUCAGUACCAAAUGCCAAACCGAAAUUCGAUGAUGGAAUAUCAGAUACGUCUGAUGAAGAAGAUGAAGGAGACGAUGACAGUGAUGAUGAAGAGAAUCAAGAUCAAAGUCAAAGUCAAAAUGACGAUGAAUCUGAUGACGCCAGCGACAAAAGCGAAGACAGCAAUAAGAAAACUAAAUCAAAAGAUAAAAACAAAGUCAAAUUAGUUUCAAAUAAAAACGAUGACUCAUCUAAUGAUGAUGAAUCAAGUGAUGACGACAGCGAAGAUAUAAAACCAGAAGCCAAAAACCAGAAGCCAGAAGUCAAAAGUAAAGCUAAAGAGAAACCAAAAGAAAAUGGACAUAAACCAGAAGAGAAGAAAACAAAGAAGACUGAAGAAGACACAAUACUAUUCCAGAAUUCUAAAGAUGAUGAUUCUAGUGAUGAUGAUGAUGAUGGGAGUGAGGAAGAGAGUGAAGAAGAUGAGGAUGAGGAUGGUGAAGGAAAUGAAGUAGACUUGAAUAACCUGAAUGAUUUGAAGGAAUCUGAUGGUGAAAGUGAUGUAGAACAGGAACCGGAGGAUGUUGAGAAGAUUGGUUCCUUCUUUGAUGUUGAUGAUGGGGAGGGAGAUAAAUUGAAGGAAUUAUUAACUGGAAAGACCCCAGCCCAACAAGCCAGUGCCUUACAAAACCUAAUAAAAAGCUACGACCCAAGUCUAUCAGAGAAAAAUAAGGACAAACUUACAAAACUAUUUGCGUACAUGUUACAGUAUAUUAAUGACUUGUUUAGCGAUUUAAAGGAAGAGAGUGACGUCAUCAAAGCGUUUCUCAUCUUCGACAGACUCGCCCCAUACUUCUAUGAUCUGUCGCAAACAAAUAAAGUGUCAUCUAAAAAGUACAUAGCAGAGUUACUAAAAGAAAAAUAUGGACAGUACAAAAAGCGGCAAAAGCGUGUUCCUGACAUGGAUACGUUAAUAUUUUUCAAAUUAAUAUCUUUAUUAUAUCCCACAUCGGAUUUCCGACAUCCGAUCACGACGCCAUCUAUGAUAUUUAUGACAGAAAUCCUAACUACAUGUAGAUUUAACGACGCUUACUCAAUAUCCAGAGGUUUAUUCGUAACUACUCUCCUUUUAGAAUACACAAUUUUAUCUAAAAGAUUAGUACCAUCUGCCAUCAACUUUUUAAGAGGCAUUUUAUAUUUAAGCGCUAAUGUUACAGUUCUAAAUCCCAUACAAGUUGUACCGCCUUUUAGGUUACAUAAAGAUUCUAAGAUUUUGAAUUUAGAAGAAGACUGUUCGAAAAUGGACGUUGAAGGCAAGAUGGCGGCGCGAGAUUUUACUCUAACAGAAAUCAACAAUGAUUUUAAAAUACGUUGUUUGUCGACAAGUAUGGGGAUUUUGAAGGAAUUCUUUGAUUAUUUUAAUGAUAUUGAGGCACAGGUUUAUUUGUUUGAGCCUCAUUUGAAGUUGGUAGGUAGGAUAGACUUGGAUUUGUAUCCUGCGAAGGUAGCUAAUAGGGCGAAUCAAAUUAUUAAGUACAUGAGGGCUGGGUUGGAGGUGAAGACCUUCACUCCUCUUACCAGGGAGAAGAAGAGGCCGAAAGCUUUGAGGUUGUACGAACCGGACAUCCAGGAAGUGUUCACGGGUAGCAAGAGUGCUAAACUAUCUCGGGAACAAGCAGAGUCCCAGCGUCUGAAGACCAAGUACAAGAAGGAGAUGAAGGGAGCGCUGCGAGAGAUCAGGCGAGACAAGUCUUACAUCGGCUCCGUCAAGAUACGGCAGAAGAUACAUAGCGACAACAUAAGAAAAGAGAAGGUGAAACAAAUCUACAAGGAUGCAUCAAUACAGCAGGGCGAGCUAAAUAAAUUAAAACGCAUAAAAUAAUACUUUCGUGUAUAGUGUAUAUUUAUUGAUUAAGUGAAAUAUAAAUGUACAAUACUAAAAAUAAA